AUGGCGCCCGCCGCAGCUCGACGCGAGGCCACCAACGGCAGCCCGCCCAACCAUCGACCAAAAGCGCGAAGCCAGCCCACACCCGCAGCCAAGAGCACUCACCGGAAGAGCCAUCCCGCGCCGCUCGCCACCGUCCAGGGGCCGGAACAGGGGAGCCCCGACUGGAGGACGGCCAGCGCGCACCACCAGCACGCGUGCCCGCCGCGAGCCCGACCACCGCGCUGCACGCAGCAGCGGAAGCACGCGCGCACGCCGGCGAGGCGCCGCGCGCCGCCCGCGCCCGCCGAACCGCCAGACCUGGCCGAGCCCAGACCUGGCCGCCACCGCAGCCACGAGCGUGAGCCGCCCCGUGCAGCCCACCGCGCCGCCACCAAGCCCUCGCUACCCCGCCGCCAGGGCCCGCCGCCGCGCCUCCGCGCCCCGCACCAGCGCGAAGCACCGCCGUCCGCCGCCGCCCCGCGCCAACAGCCUCCGAGCGGGAUGAAGAAGAGCCCCGCCGCCACCGGCGCCGGAGGGCUUUUCCCGGCAGCGUGGUCCGGCGGCGGCGAGGGAGGGAAGGGGCGGGAGGAGGCCCGAAGCCGGCGGCUAGGAUCAGAUGGUAGUUGCGCCAUAUAG